UCGCGACGAAACACAUCCAGCUAGAAUGUCGGUGAACAUACGUUGCGCAACCACCGACGACCUGCUGAAUAUUCAGCAUUGCAACCUGCAAUGCCUGCCGGAGAAUUAUCAGAUGAAGUAUUACCUGUAUCACGCUCUGUCCUGGCCGCAGCUGAGCUACGUGGCGGAGGACGAGAAAGGAAGGAUAGUGGGAUACGUGCUCGCCAAGAUGGAGGAGGAUUGCGAGGACAACCCGCACGGCCACAUCACCAGUCUGGCUGUGAAGCGCUCUCACAGGCGGCUGGGGAUCGCCCAGAAGCUGAUGAACCAGGCGUCCAGGGCGAUGGUGGAGUGCUUUGGCGCAAAGUACGUAUCGCUGCAUGUGCGCAGGAGUAAUAGGGCCGCCCUUAACUUGUACACGAGCAGCUUGCAGUUCGAAGUGUCGGAGGUGGAGCCCAAGUACUACGCGGACGGCGAGGACGCUUACGCCAUGAAGCGCGACCUCACCAGCUUCCAUCACGAAAAGGCUCUCCGGGAUAGGGCGCACAAGGAGGGUAAUGUUCACACGCACCUCGGCAGAUGCUGUGGCGAUCAUUCUUAGUCUACUCACUACCUGUUGCUGCUGCUGCCGUCGUCGUCGUCGUCGUCGUCGUCGCCGCCGCCGCAUCGAGUCCAGUAUGUAUACCUACGCUGUGUUCGCUCACGCAGGAACUCGAGUCUUCAAGGGGGUAUCGCCGAAUACCGAGCUGAACACGGAUUCUUCGUGUUGUCUCUGCAGGAGAGAGAAAACCUCUGCUUAUCAAAAUUCUACCUAGUACGUGUAAAAAAUAUUGUAUAUGCGACUGUGUACGUGGAGACUACCUGUUGUUGGGAUCUAUGCGACGAAAUGAGGUUACCAGUUUGGUUCCGAUUUGUGUACAUGAGUUACCGCCCAAGUUUCUCAUCCCGAUGGCGCACACCGUGAUGAUUCGACUUGCGGAUUUUAAACAUGAGAAAUAAAGGUUUCUGGAGAAGCUGUC